AUGUGGGAGUCAGUAUUAGAGGUGUUAGAGAAUGUGUGUAAUGAUGGGAAUGUUACAGAACAGAGAGGCAUAGCAUUGGGUUUGAUACAAAGGAUGGAGAGUUUUGAAUUUAUAUUUAUCUUGCAUCUGAUGAUCAAAGUAUUGGGAUUAACUAAUGACUUGCCAAAUGUCUUACAGCAGAAAGAUCAAAACAUUGUUAAUGCAAUGGGGUUGAUUGUAAAUGUGAAAGAACUUAUGCAAGACUUGAGAGAAAAUGGAUGGGGUACAUUUUUAGAAGAAGUCAGGAGCUUUUGUGUUGCAAUGUCAGUUUCAGUGCCCAAUAUGGAAGAUAGUAUACCAGUUCGAGGUUGUUCGAGACGUGGAGGACAAUUGGUUACUUAUUACCAUCUUUAUCAUGCGGAGAUCUUUAUUGCCGUGAUUGAUUUACUUACUACUGAGAUGAAUAACAUAUUUAGUGAAACUUCUACAAAGUUAUUAAGAUGUAUUGCUUGUCUUAAUCCAAGAAACUCUUUUUCCAGAUUUGAUCAUGGUACGCUUGUUCGACUUGCUCAAAUUUACUCUAAUGAUUUCUCCACAUCCGAUCAUCUUAUCUUGAAAGAGAAACUCCGCAUAUAUAUUCAUGAUGUAAGAAGAAAUUCUGAUAUUUCAAAUUGUCAUGAUCUUCCAAGUCUUGCUGUGAAGAUGGUUCAAUUUGAUAAACAUUUCACUUUUCCAUUGGUUUAUCGCCUUAUCGAAUUGGCAUUGAUCUUACCGGUGGCAACAACAACAGUUGAAAGAGCAUUCUUAGCAAUGAAUAUCAUCAAAACAUAUUUGCGAAACAAAAUAGGCGAUGAAUGGUUGAACAAUAUGAUGGUUUGCUAUAUUGAGCAAGAAAUGUUUGCUAAAAUUGAUGAAGACAUAAUAUUGCAAUGUUUUCAAAACAUGCAAAAUCGAAGGAUUCAAUUCCCUCCUUGCAGUAAUUAG